AGAAAUACCUUGUCGUGCUGUGGGUCUCAUUGUUCUCUUUGGGGUUCUCAUCAUCUUGGUAUCAGAGCAUCAAAUCUCUAAAACAGGUUUCAAUCAUGUCAAGCAGUGAUGACAGAAAACACCAAGUGGAUUAUUCCUUCAUGCUCAAAGCUAUGCAACAACAAUUUCAAAGGCUAGACAUCAUGUUUGGGGAAAUUAAAGACAAAAUGGAGAAGAAAGAUGCAGCCAUUGCCAAGUUAUACCAAAUACAGAAUGGAAGUCCAAAUUUGCAUAAUCACGAUCUUGAUGACAAUAAUGAAGACGCAUUCAACGAUGAUACCCAGAACUCAAAUUUCAGCAUGGACAGAUUUAUGAGAAGUAGAGGGGGUCAAAGAUAUAGAUUUAACAAAGGAGACCAAAAUCUGGCAAGGUGGGGAGAUCGGCAAGAUCAUGACUUAGAUGCUUAUUUCAACACUAACGAGCUUAAUGAUUCUUUGCCUAGUGUUGUUAAAUCUCUUUUGCAGGACUUCAAGGAUGUGUUUCCAGAUGAUGUUCCUAAUGGUUUACCACUAAUAAGAGGAAUCGAACAUCAAAUUGACUUCAUUCCUGGUGCAACAAUUCCAAACCGACCAGCAUAUCGAAGCAAUCCCAAUGAGACGAAAGAACUUCAAAGGCAGGUUGAAGAACUCAUGAACAAGGGACAUAUUGUCUUUUUAGGGUUUGUUGUUUCAGCUGAUGGAAUUGCAGUAGACGAAGAAAAGAGUAAGGCUAAAGAAUGGCCAACACCUAAGAAUAUUUAUGAGGAGAAUUUAAUUUCAGCACCAUUACUUGCUUUACCUGAUUUUACUAAAACUUUUGAAAUUGAAUGUGAUGAUGCAUCAGGUAUUGGCAUUGGCACUGUUUUGAUGCAAGAGCGACGAACUGAGCAAUAUGCAAAUCAGGCCAACAAAGGGUGCAAGGAAGUUGUGUUUGAACCUGGAGAUUGGGUGCAUAUGCGGAAGGAGCGAUUCCCUGCACAAAGGCAUUCUAAGUUGCAACCAAGAGGCGAUGGACCAUUUCAAGUGAUUGCAAGGAUAAACAACAAUGCAUACAAGUUGGAGCUUCCUGGUGAGUAUAAUGUUAGUGCCACUUUUAAUGUUUCUGAUCUUUCUCCUUUUGAUGUAGGUGACGAUUUGAGGACAAAUCCUUUUGAGGAGAGAGGGAAUGAUGGGAAUCAAGAUGACCCCACAUGUACCACGUCAAGAGAUCCAUUAACAAUUCCAGGAGGUCCAGUCACGAGAACUAGAGUUAGGAAGAUGCGAGAAGCUUUAAAUGGCCUUAUUGAGCAGAUCUAGGUUGAUAACAACAUGCAAGAAGUAAAUCGAGACUUGGAUGAUUAUGAAGGCAUGAUAAACAUCAUUCAAGUUCAAGAGAAGCUUAAUUGAGUUUAUUUAUGCUAAAUUAGACAGUUUGCGUCAAUCUCGCAAUUCUGUCGCAAUUUGUAACAAAUUAAUAUUUCAUGU